UAUCAGAAGUGGGUUAGACCAGUGAAGUACCUCAAUGGCACAGUGCGAGUCAUAUUUGGACUAGCAAUCUCCCAGCUGGUGGAUGUGGAUGAGAAGAACCAGCUGAUGACAACAAAUGUAUGGAUGAAACAGGAAUGGGUUGACGUGAAACUACGGUGGGACCCCAAUGAGUACCAAGGAAUUAAUACCAUCCGUGUCCCCUCUGACACCAUCUGGACCCCUGACAUUGUUCUGUAUGACAAUGCAGAUGGUUGUUUUGAAGGCACUUUUACAAAGGCAGUAGUGAAACAUGAUGGAACUGUCUCCUGGACUCGGCCUGCCAACUACAAAUCCACCUGUACUAUAGAUGUCACCUUUUUCCCCUUUGACCAACAGAACUGCUCCAUGAAGUUUGGUUCUUGGACUUAUGAUGAUUCUCAGGUGGACAUCCUGUUGGAGGAUGUUCAUGUAGACAAGCGGGAUUACUUUGACAAUGGCGAGUGGGAAAUUGUAAAAGCUACAGGCAGGCGUGGCUUGCGAAUAGAUGCUUCCUUCUCCUACCCCUUCAUCACCUACUCCUUCAUCAUCCGAAGGCUGCCCCUCUUCUACACGCUCUUCCUCAUCAUCCCCUGUAUUGGCCUUUCCUUCCUCACUGUUUUGGUCUUCUACUUGCCCUCCAGCUGCAGAGAAAAAAUCUCCCUGUGCACCUCAGUACUUGUGUCCCUCACUGUUUUCCUGUUGGUCAUUGAGGAGAUCAUCCCAUCCUCCUCCAAAGUCAUCCCACUCAUCGGGGAGUACCUUGUGUUUACCAUGAUCUUCGUCACCCUGUCUAUCAUCAUCACCGUAUUCGUCAUCAACAUCCACCACCGCUCUUCCUCCACUCACCAGGACAUGGCUCCUUGGGUCCGACGCAUAUUCCUACACCGACUACCCAAAUUGCUUUGCAUGCGUAGCCAUGUGGACCGCUAUGUUGUCCCUGGGGAAGACAGAGGAGCAAGAGGACAUAUCCAGAGUGCUGUGUUUGAGACAGAACCUCUCCUUGCAACCAGAAAUAACCUACAGGCAGCUCUGGAUUCCAUUCGUUACAUCACUCACCAUGUUGUCAAGGAAAAUGAAGUUAGAGAGGUGGUGCAAGACUGGAAGUUUGUAGCCGAGGUUCUCGACAGGGUCUUCCUUUGGGCUUUCCUACUGGUCUCUGUGCUGGGGUCAGCUCUACUCUUCAUCCCUGUCAUAUACAAAUGGGCCUGUGUUGUUCCCAAAAAUGCUGAGGCUACCAGCUAA